AUGCGACACAAGAGACUGGGUUGCCUUGGUCACGUACUAAUAACAAACUGGAGACCAAUUGGAAGACCAAAACAGAGAUGGUUUAACAAAGGCAAUAGAGAACCAAGCCAACUAGGGUUAGACGAUAUUAAUGAAUUAGCUCUGGGUAGAGACGGUUGGAAAGUAUUUUGUUUUGUAGCCACGGUCCUUGAUGUGCAAAGGCCCCUAAAGCUAGGAGAAAAAGGAAUUUACUAUCUAAUUUUAUCUUGGCCAGACGACUGA